GGAGGACUUAAAAAUAGUUACGCGGAAGGUGAUGCUGUAGCCCAGGACUGGAGAGAGAAGGGUAAAUUGGAAGGAAGUCGUAAUCCGCCGCCAAGUGAAAUGGACAGAGAGAAGAGAAGGAUGUGGAGUGAAACCCUAGUGAAUAUUCAGGAGACUCAAGGUAGAGGGAGAGGUGUUGUAUCCUAUCAACCGUUGAGAGGCGGCGAUGUAGUGGUUAGGGAUUCUCCUCUCCUCCUUUAUUCUGCUUUUCCUCUCAGCAGAUCAUCAAUCACCUCCACCCCCACCUCCACCUCAGUUUAUUGCGAUAACUGCUAUAGAAAGAUACACUCAGCAGUUAUAUGCUGUCCAACUUGCUCUCACCAUAAAUUCUGCAGUCCUAAUUGUGUAUCGGCGUCAUCCAACACACCCUGGGUCUGCCAAGCAUUAAGUCGGCUGCACGACUGCUCAUCCCUUGUGGUGCAUCAGCCUUUGGAGCGCCAAGUCCAGGCCCGUUUCCUCAUCGCUGCCUACAAUCUAUUCCUCGUCUCCCCUUCCAACUUCCAGAUUCUAUUAUCUCUUCAAGGCCAAGGAGGAGGCGGGGAUGAUGAAGAUGCUCAAUUCCUACAUUCCCUCAUCUCUUCCCUCUGCCCUCCAACUGGGGGAGUCCCCUUCUCUUUGGAACUCACCUCCGCAUUGCUUGCCAAGGACAAGCUUAAUGCUUUCGGCUUGAUGGAGCCUUUUGAUAUCAAUGAUGGAAAGAGAUCAGUACGAGCCUAUGGCAUCUAUCCCAAGGCCGCCCUAUUCAAUCACGACUGCCUUCCGAAUGCUUGCAGAUUUGACUACGUCGACACUCAAGAUACUGACUUGAUUAUCCGGAUGAUUCAUGAUGUCCCCCAAGGCAGAGAGAUCUGCUUGAGUUACUUCCCUGUUAAUUACGAUUAUUCCACCCGACAAAAGAGACUGCGGGAGGACUAUGGUUUUAUCUGUGACUGCGAUCGCUGCAAGGUUGAAGCUAAUUGGUCUGAUCAAGAACAUGAUGAUGCUGAUGAUGAUGAGAAUGAGAAUGAGGCCAUGGAGGAGGACUCUGAGGAGGCAAUGGCGGAUGAAAAGGACGAUGCACCCUCUGAUAACGACUCCGACUUUCCUCAUGCCUAUUUCUUUUUGAGAUACAUGUGUGAUGGCACAAAUUGCUGGGGCACGUUAGCUCCUUUGGCCCAGUCAAAUGUGAACAUCACUCUCUUGGAAUGCAAUGUGUGUGGCAAGAUCAAGAGGGAUGAAGUUGGGCAUUCGUAAUUAAGUAAGCUAGAAUUCUGAUCGUGUAACUGUGUUUUGGAGGUAUAACCACCACCCUGCGAUCUUUGGUAUGACUCAAGUAAUUCAUAUUUAAAUGCCUCUUUGUUGCGAUUCUUGAUUUUUGAUAUGGAGAAGUUUGUAUCGUUCUGUUUUGUCUUUUUCUUGCGCCAACAACUCCUAUUUCUAUGACAAAAUUUGCUGUUAAAGUUGUUA